UUUUUUUUUCCCCCUUUCGGCUUGGCGCCUCUAGGGCUGGUUUCCCCGGCCCCUGAAUAACCGCUUCCCGACUCUGGUCGCCAGGCCUGCCUCAGGUUGCCCCCGGCUCUGCCCCUGGCCUCGGAGGGUGGGAAGCCUUGCUUAGAGGGUCUCUGAAGCUUAGCCGCACCUGCCUCUCAGUAUGCAUGGGGUCAACGACCCUCCUCUUUUUAUAAAAGACAUUAAGGCCGGACUGAAAAACUUAAAUGUCGUCUUUAUUGUCCUGGAGAUAGGACGAGUGACCAAAACCAAAGACGGCCAUGAAGUGAGAUCCUGCAAAGUAGCUGAUAGAACGGGAAGCAUCACUAUUUCUGUGUGGGAUGAGAUCGGAGGGCUCAUACAGACAGGGGAUAUUAUUCGAUUGACCAGAGGAUAUGCAUCAAUGUGGAAAGGAUGCCUGACACUUUAUACUGGAAGAGGUGGUGAACUUCAAAAAAUUGGAGAAUUUUGUAUGGUGUAUUCAGAAGUGCCAAAUUUCAGUGAGCCAAACCCAGAUUAUAGAGGACAGCAGAACAGAGUGGUACAAAAUGAACAGAAGGAUAAAAUGAACACCAGUAUAUUCGGGACAGUGGGAAAUGGUGUUCAGACUGGCCCUGAAUCUAGGGGAUAUCCUCUUCAAUAUGGCAGAAGCAAUGGCCCAGGACCCAUCAGUCCACAGCUACCAGGAGAACCUAGUAAUCAAACAGUCAGGACCACAAUAAGUAAUGCCAGAGAUCCGAGGAGAGCCUUUAAAAGAUGACCUAAGCCAAAGAGACACAUGUAGUUUUUAAACUACGUGACCUACUUGAACACUUAGUGCACUUUUAUUUAUUCUUAACUGUGAAAACUUUGUCUCUUACGGGUUUCCUUUUAUAUUUUUGGUUUGUUAAAAAGAGUGGUUGGUUUUUACUGAAAAACUGUUACGCUGCUCAGUUCCAUCCUGUUGAAGAAUAGGAACUCUGAAAAGCAGGAACAUUUAUUUUUAGAGCAAGGACUUACUGGGUAUCACUUGAAAACUUGUCCCUGUUUCAAGGGCGAGUUACUUAAGACACCAGCUUAUAUAUAGCUUCUGUGAGUCUGGCUUCUGCAUAAACUUUGUAAUGUUUGCCAUGAGGUUUAGUGGAAAAUGUUCUUUUGUCUCAAACUUGGAUAUUGCUACCUGAAGUAAUAAACACCCCAAGCCAGAAACUUGGUCAGUGCUGGCAACAUUUUUUGAGUGUUUGUGAUCCAGGAAUCCUAGAGUGACCGCCUGCCAUUAAGAUUUUUCCAAGGACAGAGUCAUCCCAAACUCUUGUUUAAUUACCAGAUAACCAGAUUCUUUAUCAGAAUUAUGGAAUAAAAUAUGUACUGUAACAAAUAAUUUUUAGAAGAAAACUGUUUAAGAUAAUGCUCUUAACAUUUUUUUUUGCAAACAUUGAAGAUUACAUUGAAGAAAAAUUUACAACUGAGUCCCUGAAUGUUUUAUUUUUGAAGUUACCAUGUUAAAUGUUAAAGUGUCAUUGGAGGGAUUGAAGGAAGCUAUAAUACCUUAUUGGACAGUGGUCUCAUUUAUUAAAGCUGUGCAGCACAACACAAGGCUAAUCUGAUUAUUUAAAAAAAGAACAAAUACUCAUGGUAGUUAUUGUAGUAAAUACAAGUCAAAUUGAAUUCAUAUAGCCAUGUGACCACCAGUUACAAGUAGUCAGUUAGAAGUAGACAUUCCUUUCUUCCAGGGCUGUGUGUGUGUAAAGUUUCUGAACAAGUCACAUAGCCUUACUAGCAAAAGUUAAAUGGCUCAAGAAGUGAUGAUACCUCUGUUAAGGUGCAAUUUGUGUGGUGGGACUUGACUUAUGGUGGGUAAUUGGUAAUUUUUUUCAUUGUUAGUAUUUGUCUCUCCUUAAAUAUUGUCUCUUGAGUAAAAACCUUGCUCUAAUGAUGACAUAUCUACCUACCUUUUUUUACUCUCAGUAAACAUGGAGAGCUCAGUCCAUUUUACUGAAGUUGUAAUCAGCUUCAGUCUGGCUGCUCCCCAGUUUUGUACGUGUCAUUUCUCCUUACCUCAUAUUGUAAAAUAAGUAAGCUUUUGUUCAACUUCUAUAGCAUUUGAAUACAAUUUGUGUCAGGUUCUGAUCUAAUUCAGUUUAACAGAUUUUCAGUGUGCACUGUAGCAGGCUUUGUGUGGUGAUUAUCAUAGCAUUUUGAGAAGUCACAAGGAGUUUACUUUGGUUUAUAGGUACAGGGCUUUGAUAUUUGUCAUUUGUUCAUAUAUUAAUAAUUACUGCUGAUUUGGA